AUGGAUAGCGACGAUGAAGAGCAUAACGACUACGGUUAUCCCGGUGAUGGACCCUGGGAAGAUAAUGACCCCUGGGACAAUGACGACCCCUGGGAUGAUGACGAUCACCUCGGGGCUCAUGAUCCCCAAGCAAUGUUGAGCGCUCUCCUCGCUAUGGCCGGCGCAUCGGCCGGACAUUUCGGAAGUGGCAGCGAUGACGGUCAAUACGAUCCUAGAGAGGAGUUCGCUCGGGAAAUGGAAAGGCGUAUCGAUCUCAGGCGCCAGACAUGGACCUGGUUCGACAUUGACUGGUCAAAAGAUCGCGGUUAUUAUGACCCGGUUGAUGACUGGGAUUAUCGCGGCAAAGAGCUAUGCACCGGAGAACCUCAGCCGGAAGACUUUGCGAGAUGGAGCCUCGGUGCCAUUUACCAGCGAAUGACCGACAUCGACGAACUAUUGCUUCACAUCAAAGACAUCUGGCCCGUCAAGAUGUUCGAUCUCGACGAUCAGCCAGCCUCUGCGAGAGUCGUCCUCAAAGAUGCCCCUCCCAGCCAUCAUGUGGACCUUGCCAAAAGGCUUCUUCUCGAACACAACAUGUUGCGCAAAAUCACUCUUGAGCGUUCGCGGCCAUCUAUUAGACCGCUUACCCUGCUCGAUGUUCCGCCAGAAGUUCUCGGCUUCGUGGCGGAGGACCUCGACGGCAAUGACAACGAAGACCCCAAACAGGUCGAGAAACCAUACAUGGCACGCGGCUAUCGCGACAUCCAAAGCCUUCGCCUCACCUGUCAGACCCUCAACAUCGUAUCUUCGCCUGCGCUCCUGCACUGCGUGACAGUUCAGAUGACGAAGAGUUCUUUUGAUCGAUUCAAAUACAUCGCUGAGCGCCCACACUUGCGCAACGGCAUUGAACGAGUCCGCAUUUCGCUUGGCUAUUUCUGCGCCAAUGUAGCAGCCUCUGCAUGGAAUUUCACGGCUUACGCGGUGUGGAUGCUUGAGUUUGCGCUUUAUCGGAAAGACGAGAGGGGGCAGACCAUCCUACACAGCAUUAUGGCCUACAACGAGGAUGCGAAACCGCGACACCAGCAGCUUCAGGAUCUCUUGACGUCUUGGAAAGACCUCCGUGAUACCCCGAAGGAUGGCGCUGAUGGAGAACAGAGAUGGCUGGCUGUUUUCCGUCAACAACAUGCACUCGUGGAGAUGUAUGAAGCCUACAGGCACAGUUUGAAUGAGUAUGAAGCGGUUCGACAAAACUUCGUCCACGAAGUUGUCAAUGCACUGUCUCAGAUGCCCCGAUUCACUCGUUUGGAAGUAUCAGAUUAUCUAUGGAGGUCGCAAUCGAUCAGUACCGUGUGCCAGGAUUUGGAAAUGGCGUUGGUCCGCGAUGAGAACUUCAUGAGGGGAGACCGCUACGUAGGACUCUUCACGAAGCCGAUGCAAUGGGAUCGCCUUUCGCGAUUCUCGCCCACGGGGAGUGAUUCUUCUUUUGAGACUUCACCACCAGUCGACGUCCUUGGUCAAAUUCUUUCGCUUCUUGGCAAACGCGGAGUCCAGCUCACCAAAGUCGACAUCAACAUCACGCCCCCGCCAAGUUUUGAGGCUGUCCGUCCUACGAAUGUUGAAGCUCGACAAGAAAUUGUCAAACUUUUCCAGAACGUGUGGUUCCUGCGCUUCAAGAUCGGGCCACCAGCCGACUGGAGGAAUCAUGAUCCAGAGUUGCUUGCAAGAGACGAUGUGAAUCGCAUCUGGGAGCCACGCUCAGAAGAGGAGUUGAAACACCUAGACGGUUUCCUGGGCGCUCUCCUCGACACAAAGAGUCUAAACCAACUCACCCUGGACUUCACCUCACUCAUGCACGAGACGUACUUGAAUUUCUCAGUCGGCGACUGGUAUCUGCCGUCUAUCAUGAAGCCCAGGCAAUGGGCGCGGCCACUUCUGCUUUUAUUCCACGCCGUGUGCAUUGAUUCGACAAGGCUUAAUAGCUUCAUAGGGGAUGGGCCGAUGCACUUUCGUGAAUUCAAAAGUAUCUGUAUGGCUCGAGGAACCUGGACAGAGGCGCUGGAUGUGAUGCGCGAGAAGUACGAUCUAAGUGCCUACGACGCGCCAAAAAUUCCUUCACCGCCACCCAUUCGCUUUUUGAUCUUCGUGGCGCCGAAGUUGGGCUUAUGGAUGACGAUCAGCAGCACGCUGCCUUUGAGACCAUAA